AGCGCUACAACUUUAACACAAGACAAUAGACAAGAAAAGGCUUUUCUAUUUUGCGACGUCGAAAGCGUUGGCGUGAAGUAAUUACCAGAAGAUGAUAAGUAUCAGAAGAUGCAGGUAGAAGACUGCCGGCAGUUUUAGAGAAGGCAACAGUCGCGUGAUGUGCUCUCUUGGAUUUUACGUCGGGCCACACGUUGGGCCAGGGAGUGGCGAGCCUCUUGAUGCGCCUGGCUAUAUUUUAUUCAUCAAAUUGAAAAAAAAAGAGAUAUAAUCACAGUGCAUACAACCAGUAUUUUAAAAAUCCACGUGCUCCUCUCGUCUCUCUCCACCAAAACGGACUCGUCAGCACCAGAACCAUGUAUAAUUUUUCUAGAAGCAUGUAGACGUAUAAGUAUUGAACAAAAGCUCCACGACGAUCAUCCUCGAGAUUGUGUUGAUGAUCCAUCUGUACGAUAUCUCAUGUGAGCAGUAAUAUAAUCCAUAUGGGGAGCGCGAACCCAGACCCACAAAGUUGUAAGUACCGCCGAUAAAAGGCAGCGAGCGCGAGGAAGGAACGCAAGUUACUUGUGUAGUUCGGCGGUGCCACUACUUAGUAGCUGCUCACCUUCUACGGCGGAGAGGAUGAAGAUCAUGUUGAGACCUACAAUCACCACAGCAACAGCUUGCGCCACAAGUAGGCGCAUGUGGUUUCUGAAGUAGUUUUUGUUGGCAUACAGUCGUGCUUUCCCUUUCUUCAUAUAAUUUCCGAAUUCACCAUACUAAAGCUGAACAUGAUCUUCUUCUCGUUCUAUGUCAGUGGUGGUGCGGCCAUUGCGAUUUGAACGUGAAGCCUUUUCCUCAAAGAAGCGUUGCGGGGUUUGUAGUGAAAAAGUUGUCAACUACCCUUCUAGAGUCGGUAGUUGGACGCCGAUUCGGGGAUCGUGCCCGGAAUGUGGCUGGUAUUUUGGAAAAAAACUGUGUAUGAUUUAUCUAAGGAUAAUUUUAGUAUACAGCAACAUGUAUGAUAAUGGUUUUACAAUACUUUAGAGCGCUCUUGAAGCUGCGAAUGUAGGACUACUUACAUUACUUUGCUUCUGGCUCCUCAUCGCAAAUCAAGCUAUCGAGAAGUAGGUGCACAGAGUGGAAAGAAACUUUUCAUGGAUGCGACUUUGUUGGUGUUCGGCCUGAAUUAAUACGUCAUUCGCCACAAAUAAAGUCAAGUGUGAACAAUGCUCGGUCUAUCUCGUUGUAGUACGGAAGGCCCUGGUCCUGGUGCACCG